UAACACUAACUGGAGCCCUUUUCGUAAGGAGGAGAGUUUAGAUACGUUUCAAUUCUGUGUGAAUCCAAGCAAGCUGGAUUUAAUUUAUGGCUCCCCUUUUUGUUUUCGCGCUUUGGCGUAUUAUAAUCGCCUCAGUUCAACUGACAGAUCGUUAUGUUUUCAACCGGUAUUUGUAUAGCUUUCUUUGAGCAAAGCUCGGGGAAGAAAAUUUUAGGCGAAAGGAUAGUGUUAAUGAGAAGGAUGAUUUGCGUGAAGAAGCAAGGGAACUGAGGCUGUUUGCUAAAGAAUUUGGACAAGGCUUGCGACAGCAAAGAGUAAGAGACAGGACGAAAGAAAAGGCAGGAACUCUCCCUCUGGCCCUAAGCAUGAUCGGAAGAGUUCGAACAAGUCAAACUGAAAAUGCUGCUGACAUGCUCGAAGAGCUGCAAGCCUUAGACGCAGCACAACCUGAAAGAGCGCAGAUUGAAAUUCGUCCAGUUCGUUUUGCAAAGGGAGAUGUGGUUACCCUAAAUCACAACUGGAAACGUUAUUUGGGGCCCUUUUUCUUAGCUAUUCUUCGGGAGGACCUUCAUCGCAGCAAUGAUGGCAUCUUUGAGCGCACCAUCUAUAUUAACUGGCUUGAGCCGUCAGAGGAAGAUCCGUUAGUAUACACUGUAGGCAAUGAAGACAACAACAACCCACCUCAGUGUAUUUUAGAUAAUGCAACGUUGGUUCAGGAUGGUGAGAAAUUUCUCCUAAGUCGAAACGAGGAGCAACGCUUGAAAAACUUGGCUAACGGGUCCGACGAAGAUGAUUAUGAGAGCAGUGGUGAGGAGGAAAGUUAUGGUGACAACCGUGAAGACGAUGAUGAUCAACCGACGCGUUUCGAAGCUGGACGCAGUAGAUCCGGCAGGAGAGUGACACGAUUUGUGUUUUAACAAGCUCAGAAAAAAUCCCAGGCCUUUCCAGAGUUAAACUUUGCUCAAGUUUUCUCGAUAGAUACAUUUCAAUAGAUUUCUUACAAAGAGUCACGCGUUGAAGACCAAGUUUAAAGCAUGACCAAACGAUGUUUUUCCAAACGAAUGGUCAAGAAAGGUUACUGCGAUAACUACGUUUUAUUCCAAUAUUGGUUAUGAAAAUGAACUCUUUAAAAAGUUAAUGAGGCUAAUAUUAACGUCAAUUUCAUGCCUUCUUUUUUUGUCAGGCGGAUGGAAUCGAAAGGUAUCAGAUCUUUCCGGUAAAUUCGUUUCCCUGUGUUUCCCUAAAAAUGUUUAAUAGGAGUUGUAUAGUAUCGCACUAGUUUGUUUUGAAUUUAGGGAAAUUAACCUUAUCGUUAAAUUUGAGCAAAAUCAAGAAUGUUUACACGUGUCAACGAAGUGUCGCACUACUCGAUGAUGAUUGUAAAAGGUUAUAUUCUACAAUGGUAAAGAUGAACAAAAGAAGUGGAGAUAGAGUUAAUUCAGAGGACAGAGACACAGAGCCUGCCACAAGGAUCACACGAUCAAUCUGUAAACUGCACAAGACUAAAUCAAAAUCUAAGUGAAACUUGACGAGAUUAUUAAAGUGUUACGUUCGUGAAAUAGUUUGGCCCAUGGACUCUCAGUGCCUUUUCAGCCCUGGUUGUGCCUAAGGAAUUGGGAAAUGGUUAAAGAUACAAAACAAGAGGGUAGAAAUAGCUAAUACGUGACGCGCUAUUAAGGACAGAAUUAAUAUGUGAUGCGUGAAUUUUACAAAGAGGCAAGCGUCAUUCGUGAAUUUUGGAACCAGCGUGAAGCGUAAUUUGCGUC